AUGAUAGUUAGAUCAUAUUCAGUCGAGGGUCAAGCGAGUCGUAGUGACGAGUAUUCCUUGUUUUAUAGUGAUGAAAUUUCAAAAUCAAUUGAACAUGAUUCGCUUUCAUUUCAAUUAACUCGAUUAAAAGCUGCAGCUUCGCCACCAUCGCCACCAAAACGAAAAUUAAUUUCAGUAAAAGUUCGUCAAACACCAACUAUAAAUGAAGUUCAUUGUUUUAAUGUUACAAAUAAUAAACCAUCAUCACCAACACAACAAACACCUGUUAUUAAUGCUUAA